CACAAACCCCAGUUCUCAUGUAGACUACAGUCCUCGGUGUAGUUUUCGUUCAUGGGUUUGUGUUUCCUCAGGGAAAAUAGUUGUUCAAGUUCUGACACAUAUACGCUCCUUACAACACUUUUCUCGGCAUCAUGAAGACAUCCACAGCUAUCUUACUCGCCUUGCAGUGCAUGUUGACACCGGGUCUCGCAAGGGCAACGUCAAGAAGCAACUCUCUUGAAGAAACAAGACAACCCGUCCACUCUCUUCCGACGCGACAACAGGACUCGCAAGACAAAGGUGUCUUGGAGAACGAGGUGCGCGAUGGCACCUGCAAGGAUACCAUGUUCUUCUUCAUCCGCGGAAGCACUCAACAACCGAAUAUGGGCCUACAGCCAGGCCCCCAACUCGCAGCGUACCUACGAUCAACUCUAGGCCCGGACAAGAUCGCCAUCCAGGGCAUAGAGUACGCGGCAACGCUGUCAGACAACCUCUGCGUCAACAACCAGCUGUGCCGGCCGCGCGAGGUCACGAGUGCCAGCACCCAGGUCCGCGAGUACAUGGACCAGUGCUCCGACUCUGAUGUUCUUGUUGGAGGAUACAGCCAAGGUGCUGCGAUGCUUUCGCGCGUGAUCUCAGAUAGGCUCGGGUCGGAAUACAAGGACCGCAUCGUGGCCGCCGUGACAUUUGGCAGCACCAUGCAGGUGUACAACAAGAACACGAUACCCGGCCUGGCACCGGAAAGGGUGCAGAUGUUUUGCAACAAGUUCGAUCCGGUCUGCCGCAACGGCCUACCCCUCGGCGCCGUAAUGCCAGGCCACAGAGACUACCGCCCCUCAGCCAAACCCGCCGCCGAGUUCCUCGUCCAGAAACUCGCAGCCGCCAAAGGCUGGACCACCGUCCCCAUCGUCUCCGAUAUCGACCUCACCAAAUUCGCCGACAUAGGCUUUACCUUUCGGGAAAUCUACCGCGGCGCACCGGCAGGCAGCUCAACCUCGUUCGAAGACGGCACGGAACUCGCCAAGCUCGACAGCGUGCGCGUCGUCUCCAUCUUUGGCCGCGGCGCCGCGCGGGUCGACGCGCUCGGCGUCAAGAUGGACGGGCUCGACAGGGCGCAGGAGCACGGCGGCGGCGGCGGGAACUAUAAGGAGCUGACGCUGGAGAAGGGCGAGUACUGGGUCAUGACGGAGGUGUGCAACGGCCGGAAGAAGAAGAAGGACCGCGUCGGGUUCUUUCGUGCCGUGACUAGUUUAGACCGGUCUCUGGAGGUUGGGACGAGGACGAAUGAUCGCGCGGGUCGGUCGUUUGUGGGCAUGCAUGGGGAGUCUGGGGAGGAGGUGGACUCUUUUGGCUUGAUUGAGUAUCCCAAGUUGGAUUAG